AACUGAGUUGGGAAACGAAUUCCCGGACAGAGAAGGGUUUGAGUAUAAAUCCAGUUUCUCUGCCAACUGGGAACAUUGGCACCGACUCUCCUGGGCACCAUGAUUCCCUACCUGGGCACCCUUACCCUCCUCUGCCUCCUGCCUCUGGGACUCCCCUACCCACUGAUUAAGGGACGGCCCAAUGACACCGGCUCCAACUUGUUCCCAGUAAAUCCUCCCAGUCUGAAUGUUACAGGACUCGCUGACGCCUGCAACGGGGAGGGGUUUGACGCUGUCACAUUGGAUGAUCAGGGGGUGAUGCAUUACUUCAGAGGCGAUUUUGUGUGGGCGGGAUUCCAUGGCCCCGCCCAGCGUAUCAAUGAGACCUGGAAACACCUCCACGGACCCAUCGACGCCGCAUUCAGGAACCACAACAAGAACAAACCCCUCGAGCAUCAGAGAACUUACAUUUUUCAGGGUUCCAACGUAUUUUGUUACUUUGAGGGGUCCCUGCUAGCGGGUUUCCCACGUCCCAUCAGCCAAGAAUUCCCAGGGGUCCCCGGGAACCUCGACUCGGCAGUGGAAUGUCACUCGGGGGAGUGCAAGGCCGACAGCGCCAUCUUCUUCAAGGGGGACACCGUGUAUAUUUACAGCCCCCAGGAGGUGCCGCCAGUGAAGCAGCGUCAGUGGGCAGCUGUGGGCAAUUGCACCGCCGCAGUGCGAUGGCUGGAGAGAUAUUACUGCUUCAAUGGGAUCAACUUUACUCGAUUCAACCCCGUGAGCGGAGAGGUGCUCUCAGCCAGGCCACUGGACACGCGGGACUACUUCGUGAGGUGCCCCGGAAGAGGCCAUGGGCACAAUGUCCGGCAGAACGCCACUCUGAUGGCCAUUAAGAACCGGUGCAGCGGCCAAUCAUUUGAGGCGUUCAGUUCUGAUGAUAAGGGCCGGAUGUAUGCUUUCCGAGGGGGCUGGUACUUUCGUACAGACGACAAUAAGGAUGGGUGGCACCCGUGGCCUCUCAGCCACACCUGGAGGGACCUGCAUGGAGCUGUGGAUGCCGCGUUCAGCUGGGAAAACAAGAUGUACUUUAUUCAGGGCUCCCAAGUCGUUAUUUAUCUGUCGGAUCAAAUCUAUAUCCCAGUAUUGGGGUACCCCAAGCCCCUGAUAGAUGAACUGGGGGUGACAGAGAUUGAUGCCGCCUUUACCUGCCCUCACUCUAGUGAGCUGUACGUGAUCAGAGAUAAUGAGCUCCGGAUGGUGGACCUCCAGCAGAGCCCCCGCUCCCCGGCACGAGAGAGAACCAUCUCCCACUCUCAGGUGGACAGCGCUAUGUGCAACUUCAAUGGGCUCUUCAUCUUCCAAGGGCCGUUGUUCUACCAUUACAAGGAUGUGGAAGAGUUGGUGUCUUCUACUGAGCCUCCCAAGCCUGGGAACAUUGCAGAACGGUUCUUGGACUGUUUGAGCUAAUUGCCCCGUUACUGCUGGUUCCUGCCUUGCCCCCACUCUCUAUCCCUAUCUGCUGUCUAUCCCUAUGGGUUACUGUCUCUCUUCUUACUCAUUACACCCUGGCCUUCACCUUCUGCCUCUUCUUUACCCUCUUCAUCUUUCCCCCAGUUGUUAUAUCCCAAACUGCCUCUUCUUUACCCUCUUCAUCUUUCCCCCAGUUGUUAUAUCCCAAACUGCCUCUUCUGGAUCAAGAAGUGACCCAAUAAAAUCAAACAAGUGAUUUACAGAAA